UUUUGUUUACUGUGCAACAGCUGUUUUAUUUUUAUCUGUGAAAAUUUCUAAUUUCUGUUUGGUUUUGUCAUUUUUAUUUAACGUAUACGAUGUCCAGUCAGAACGGAAUGUAUUAUAGCCUACUUGAGUGGUUCAAAACACUCAAUCUGAAUGCACCACAUGCAAAUGCUGAGGAGUUGGCCGAUGGAGUUGCACUCGCCCAGGCUUUGAAUCAGUUUGCACCUGAAUCGUUUACAGAUUCGUGGCUGUCGAAGAUUAAAUCGAGCGCUGUAGGCAUCAAUUGGCGCUUGCGUAUGAGUAAUCUGAAAAAAGUUGUCGAGGGCGUCUAUGAAUACUACACGGAUGUGUUGAAUUAUACGCUACAUAAUAAUUUCUUAAGACCGGAUGUGCAGGCAAUUGCCGAAAAGUGUGAUCUCACGGAGCUGGAGCGCCUGCUGCAGCUGGUGCUGGGUUGUGCAGUCAAUUGUGCCAAAAAACAGUCCUACAUCACCGAGAUCAUGUGCCUGGAAGAGGAACUGCAGGCGAACAUUAUGCGGGCACUGCAAGAAUUGGAAACCUCGACACGUCAGGCAUCGGAAGGAGGCGUUGUCAGCUCGCUUUCCCGAAAUUCCCUUAGCGGCAUGCUCGAUGGCAGUGCCAAGGCGUUGCAGCUGCAGGAUGAACGCGAUGCCAUGGCCCAGAAAUGUUUCGAAACCGAGAAGAAAAUGUUGCUAUUAAUUGAUGAGAAAACCAAUUUACAGCAGGAGUUGCAAAAGGUGCAGCAGGAAUUUGCACGCCUGGAGCACAACACAAUUGGCGACGAUGGCGUUUCACUGGGUCCCAUACAAGCAGGAUCCGUACGUUACAAUGAGCUGAGGCGACAAUUGGACUUGGUGAAGGAGGAACUAUUGCAGUCUGAGGGCGCUCGUGAAGAUUUGAAGAUUAAAGCGCAGCAACAGGAGACGGAUUUGUUGCACAUGCAGCAGCGCAUAGAUGAUCUAAUGAAAAGCACCGCGGUGCUGACAACUCUUAAAGAUGAAGUAGACGUGCUGCGGGAAUCAACAGAUAAGCUAAAGGUGUGCGAGGCGCAACUGGAGACGUACAAAAAGAAAUUAGAGGAAUAUAAUGACCUGAAGAAGCAUGUAAAAAUGUUGGAGGAGCGCAGUGCCGACUACGUACAACAAAACGCACAAUUCGAAGAAGACGCCAAACGUUAUGCCAACACAAAGGGCCAAAUCGAACUCUUUAAAAAAGAGAUACAGGAUCUACAUGCCAAACUAGACAAUGAAAGCAGUAAAAAUGUAAAGCUGGAGUUUGAUAACAAGAAUUUGGAGGGCAAGAAUCUAGCACUACAACGUGCUAAAGAUAGUCUGCUCAAGGAAAGGGACAAUCUGCGUGAAGCCUUCGAUGAACUCAAAUGUGGACAGUUGUCAACCAACUCGGGCAGCAUAACAGGCACAACGAUGUCGCGGGAAUUGCAACCGUCAGCUAUGAUGGACAAAAUACAACGCCUAGAGGCGGAGAACAAGGCGCUGCGCGAGGGACAAGGUGGACAAACAGCAUUGGCGCAACUGCUGGAUGAUGCAAAUAAACGUUGCGAGCAUCUGCGCGAACAAUUGAAGACGGCCAAUGAACGGAUUCUCUCCUUAUCGCAUGCCUCACAAAGCGAUGAUCCUAUAUUAAAGGAAAAUGAAUUCAGCAAACAAAUCAAGCAGCUAAUGGAACUGAAUGAUCAAAAAACUUUGCAAAUCGAGGAAUCUGCUACACAAAACUCAACACUGCAGUGCAAAGUCACACAACUGGAGUCAAGUUUGGCAACACGGGAGCAGGAGGUUUUGGCCUAUGAAGUCAAGUACCGCAAAUGUGUGGAAAGGGCUAAGGAAGUCAUCAAAAAUAUAGAUCCGCGCAUAGCCAAUGUAAUAGAAGCCAGUGCACUGGAAAAGAGCGUCGAUGUGAUUGAGGAAGAAGCAAAACCUAAGAUGAGCGGCAUGGAGGAGCAGCUGAUGACGACAGCUUUCUAUAGAUUGGGCAUAAAUGCCCAACGUGAUGCUGUCGACUCGAAAUUGGCCUUAUUAAUGAGUUCGGGACAAACAUUCCUGGCGCGUCAGCGUCAAUCGGCGCCACGUAAAUCAUUGACAACAAUGAAAUCCAAGUAGUUCUUAAUUAAGCAACUUUCGUUUUUUGAUUGCAUAAGUUCAAUUGUUGCACCGUUCGUUUGAAAUAUUUAUAUGCAUAUCCAAUUAACACAAAGCAAUAAUAUUAUAUAUUUUUAAUUUAUACUCGAUAUAUAUACAUUGGGGUAUCUAAGAAAGUUACCUAAAAUAAACGUUUAUCUAAGUUAACACACACAUGUUUUAAAU